UAGAGGACAUUGACAGUAAGGGAAUAUACUCUAUUAUCAUCAUGGGGAGUUAUAGUCGGUCUGAGAAACAUUUAGUUGUACUUCGAGAUGGGAGAACGUUAAUAGGAUAUUUAAGGAGUGUAGAUCAAUUUGCUAAUUUGGUUCUUCAUCGGACAGUGGAACGAAUCCACGUAGGAAGAAAAUACGGUGAUAUUCCCAGAGGAAUUUUUGUUGUCCGAGGAGAAAAUGUGGUGCUUCUGGGGGAAAUAGAUCUGGAAAGGGAGACUGAUACUCCCUUACAGAGGGUGUCUAUUGAGGAGAUCCUGGAAGCUCAAAGAGUUCAGCAGCAUGAAAAACAAGAGGCAGAAAAGGCAAAAAGUGAAGCUUUGAGAGAACGAGGAUUAUCUGUCCCCCGUACAGAUACUCUUGAUGAAUACUAAAGAAAUCACUCUUAAGAAUAUAAAACCAGACUUUACCACAUCACCUUUUUUUAAAUGACUGAAGUUGGUAGGUUUCACUGCUGAAAUGGGAUAGAUUAUAACUAUAAAUGAAUGAACUCCAUGUGUUUUAAAAAAAAAGUUUUUAACAGACAUUUUACAAUGGACUUGCUGUGCUUUUCAAAACACAGCAACAAAGCAAUAGAAAAAUGCAUUGAGUUAAUUUAUGGGUUGUUGAAAUCCACUCUAUCAGUCUGAAAAUGUAACAGUAAAAGACAAUGAAGCUUUAAUCACACGUGAUGGGCUUUCCAUUCAGCGAAAGGAUGUGCCAUACCAAUCAAUGUGUAGGUAGGUGUUUCUUACAUUAUCUUGCUGUGUAUUUACCAAAAAUAAAAAUAUCAUUCAUUUCAUAA